UCGUUGGUAAGGGUCGAACAGAUUAAAUGCUACGUUGACGGUGGCUGGGAAACUGUGUGGAACGCACCAUCAACAUCCGUUGAGGAAGGUGCCCGAAUAUUUUCUCCACCCCUGACAAAAUCAUGCUUUUCCAAUCGUUUCCACCUGGAAACUGCUGAAGGACGUGAUAUGCACAUUGACGCUGUCUUGUUACAUGGAAGCUUGUACAAAUCCUACAAAAUCGAAAUGGGUCUGACGCAAGGGUUGUACGAAACAGAGGGAAUCAUGGACCUCUCUACACUCAGCCCAGCCACGUGGAGUCCCUCUAACAAUGGCCCUUACAGAUACGCCAGGAUACAGGCUAAUCCACAAACUGAGACCCUGAAACUCUGCGAGGUGCUAGUGAAAGGGCAAAAUCAACCAAGGACACCCUAUUUCCGCCUUGUCACUGGGAUCGCCAUGUCGAAUCAUCCUAUCAGUACUGUCUUCAAUGUUUUGAGCAACAUCGAAUGCGUGUUCGUCUGUCUGCGUCAAACGGAACCAGCAUGUUUGACCUCACAGUUCGACCAGGCGACACAAAGCUGCAAACUUUUCGGCGGAUUCGAGCACAUCAAGAACGCUAGUAAUGACGACAAAACAGCUGUGUACGAAUUUGCUGCACACUUUUUUGCAAACAAGAAUUGAUUUAAAAGCCUAUCGUGAUAUGGGUAUAAUAACAUGGUCCUUUCACUUAGUAACAUCAAUAUGUCGAUAGAAUUGUUGACGCAAAAUUAGAAUGAAAAGAAAAAAUGCUGUUAACAUUCCUUUGAUUAAUUUUUUAGCAGUCACAUGCACAACCAAGCUAUGUAAUAUGGAACUUUUACACCCAAUAUUGUUGCUCCUUCCUGUAUUUGAACGAUGAUGAUCUGAAAUAUUAACUAUAUGAUGCUAUAUCCUUAAAUCUUGUUGUAAAAAGAAGGGAUGUAUUUGACCAUUGUUAGUAAUUUCAUUUCAUCGUUCCUCAAAAAGUUGUAACUCUGUUGCUCUGGCCUUCUUCCUACCAUUCAGUAAUAAAAUAGUAAUGUAAUUGAAUGCGUUUGAAUUCACUUUUAUUAUUAUUUAAUUUGAGUUGCAAUACUAUGAGGUUAAAUUCAAUUUACACUUAUAUGUAUCAUAAAUAUUGGUGGACCAAGUGUGAGGUUGAGCGCUCUUAAACCGGGUUAAACCCCAAAUGCUUUGCAUUGACCGUUCCAACGCGGUGACCCCAGCUUUAUUCUUCUAUUUGUGUAUGUGGUUUCGUUUUGUGCUGUUUCGGACUGUUUUUGGCAAUUGGUCACUUGCCUUAAAUAAAGGACGUAAGAAAAUUGUAAGAAGACACUACUGGCCCAACAGCCGGCCUCUUUAUAAGAAUAACGGAUACAAACCUGAAUCAUUUAAUAAAAUAUUUCGCAUUUUCUGAAAGUCAAAGGCAAUCACACAUGGCAUUACAAUAACAAUACAAUAUUUAGUUUCUGUAAAUGUUUUGCUGUGAAUGUCAGCAUAACCAAUGUUACGCCUUUGUUUCUUUUCAUGCAAUUAAGACUUGUAUGUUGAUGUGUUUUUUUAAUAUAAAUGUUGUGCUUUAUAAUGUAUUUUUAUCGCUAUCGAAAUGUAUUGUCAAGUGAAUUUAUAUGUCAGAUUUCUAUAAUAGGUCUUUGUUUAUAAUCGUAUUGAUUUGUCAGAGGUCUCAUGGUAUUUUUUUUACCGCUUAUCAAAAAGAUAAAUACAUCGUCGAAUAUAAAGUUUUUUAAAUAAUUAAAUGUGUUUACUUGUGAUACGUUUACAAGAAUAUGCAAUAGAACAACUGAACAUAACUUAAAACGUAUUAAUUCUAAUCCGAUAAUUGAUGGUAAUUUUGCUUUGUUAGCAGACCAGAACUGCUUAAAAGUUGAGAAACUUUUUACUGUUUGUAACCAACUUGUCGUAAUUAAA